CAGGAACGUUUGAUCUAUGCGUCUAUAAAAUGAAAAUUUUAAAUGAAACUUCUUCAGUUAUAAAUUCACACCGCCUUAACAGCCGCAUUUUACGCCUGAGAGCAUGGACUGACUGGUUCGAAGAACAACACCAACAUAAUGGACGCUUUUGGCUCGUCAUUCAUAUUGUCAAGCUAUGCGUCCUGCUGGCAGUGUGGGUCUACUUCACUUUCGUUUUAGUGAGUAACAAUACUGAGACGAAGAUUACAAAAACUUUAGUCACCGCGAUGCCAAAUGAGAUUGUCUUAAGGAAGGUGACACUGGCCCAGGAUUACCUGAAGAUCACUCUCCGAGGACCCAUAGACGCCUAUCUAACGGAGCAUCCCCAAGGUGGAGAGACGUUCGGCGCAGGUGUGCGAGUGGAGUAUCGCAACUCAAACCUCAAUGAGAUUUACCAGCACACGGCCUUGUGGAACAUAGUCCUGGACUCGACAGCCAAGAACGGUGAGGCGACAAAGUUCUUCGAAAUCGCUCCGCCCGAUGCGGAGGAUACACAGGCCGUGGUCUCGGUGGAGAGCAAGAGUGCUACUCCGGUCAGCCUGCUGAUAGAGGUGGAAGCAAGACCCAUGUCCAAUAGGGCUGUUAUUUAUGCCGGCCUAUUGAUAAUUUUGCUGUUUUCGGUGCUAACUGCCAACAUCCUAGACCGAACGUUUGUCGCUCUCCUUGUUGGCGCAAUUGGUAUAGCUGUUUUGACUGUCUUAUGUGAUCGGCCCGAUUUGACCACGAUCGUGUCCUUUGUCAACUUCGAGACCCUGAUGCUCCUCUUCGGGCUCAUGGUAAUCGUGGACAGGAUGGCAACCACCGGCAUCUUCAACUACCUGGUAGUCCUGAUAUACCGAGUUUCCAUGGGCCAAGCCUGGCCGCUGGUAUUCUUCCUGAGCAUGCUAACCGCCUUUCUCUCGGCCUUUCUGAACAGCCAUAACAUGGCCCUAGUACUGACCCCGAUAACAAUUCGACUCUGUGAGACGAUGGCUCUACAGACGCAGCUGGUGCUCAUCAUAAUGGCUAUAUAUGCCAAUCUGGGUGGUGCCCUAACUCCGUUGGGCACCGCGGCAAACGCAAUCGUGAGUAACCAUCCGGUUGCGGUGGCUAAUGGUGUAAAUUUUGUCAAUUUUUUUGGCCAUAUGCUGCCCGGUGUACUCGUCGCGGUGCUCGUGGCUUUUCCCUUGCUCUAUCUGACCCUGCGGAAGAGGCUGUUCCGCCUGGACCAAAAUCAGAUAGAUCGGAUGGAUCUGAUGGCCGAGGGAAUGAAGCCGCCGACCGAAAGCCUCUUGCAGCUAAUAGCUCAGCGCGAGCUGAGGCAGCCGAGCAAGUGGUGGCUCAAGCCUGGCGAUAACUAUAACCACACAUUGGCCAGGCUAGAAGACAGCUAUCGGAUACGGGACAAGCCGCUCCUGAUCAAAUGCUGCAUCACUCUGGCCUUCAUCUACCUGUGCAUGAUCCUGCACUCGUUUCGCGGUGUGGCCGAUGGUGGCACACUGGGCUGGGUGAUCCUGCUGGCCGCCUUCCUGUUAAUUAUCUUGGACAACAAGAGCCACUUGGACGGGACUCUCGAGAUUAUUCAGUGGACGAUCCUGCUCUUCAUCGCGGCCCUCUAUGUUUUAACUGAGACGGUGGCUAGGCUAGGCCUUUUCAAAUGGCUAGGAGACCACGCUGCAAAGGCACUGUCGGAAGAAGAAUUGCGGAAUCAGAGUAGAGUGGCCAUAAUGGUGCUUAUUUGGACUACCGCCUGCCUCUCGAUUCUAAUUGACAACAUAGCCGUUACCAACAUCAUGUUAAGUUUUUGCUUUGAGGUGACCGACAGUAAUCAGCUUCCGGUUCGGCCGAUGAUCUGGGCCAUAAUAUUUGGCGGCUGCUUCGGCGGCAAUGGGUCCCUACUUGCAGCCAUGUCGAAUCAAACCCUGGCUUGGAUCGCCCAGAAGGCCGGCUACAAGAUACACUUUUGUCGAUUCUUCGUCAUCGGCUUCCCCAUCAUGAUUGUCACCUUGGUUAUAGGCUCAGGUUAUCUCCUGAUUGACCAAACUCUUACUCGGGCACCAAAUCCAUUGUCUCCAAACGUAAAUAAAAUAUACGAUUUCCGUGCAGAAUAAUUAAUUAAUAAUUAUU